UUUUUGUCAAAAAGUGUCAAUUGUGAGACAGUCGUUUCAGAGGGCAAUCAAAAUGGUCUUUAACAUGUGUAUACCCAUAAUCAUGGUUGUUAAAUACUGGAUAAGGAACUACUUCUUCGAAACUUCCAUCGUAUCAGAAGACGACAUGGAGGACUAUCGCGAUGUGCUUCACUACUACGUCUGGGCUCUCGGCAUACUUCUCAUAAUGGUGAUCCUCGUCGGCAUUCAACUUCGAUGGAUAAGACUAGUUUAACUCCAGCGAGAAGCUGUUAAUUACUUAAUGUGUCAAACAUUAUGUAUGUAAUGGAAGAAGUAAAUAAAC